CCCACCCAAUCCGCCCUUCUCCUCGGCGCCCGGCUCCCGUCGGGGCUAAAACGCAGCCUUUCCUCCCAAAUCGGGACCAGUGGAAGCCGACCCAGCGGCCCGUGUCCGGAGGAAGGACAGACGUGAUCUCAUCCUGUCAAGGAGGAGCCGGAGGGACGAAUUCUCCAAGUUGGUGUCCCACUGGAGACACUGGAGUCGACGCUUAAUGCGGAGGUGGGAGCCGUGUGUUGAAAGUCAACUUAGACCGACAUCCUGUUGCUUCAACAGCUGGGCGAGGUGAGAAGCACAUUGGCAGGAUGCCGUUAGUGAAAAGAAACAUAGAUCCGAGGCACCUGUGCCACACUGCGAUCCCUCGAGGUAUUAAGAGCGAGCUGGAAUGUGUGACCAACAUUUCCUUGGCCAACAUCAUCCGACAACUGAGUAGCCUAAGUAAAUAUGCCGAAGAUAUCUUCGGAGAGCUAUUCAAUGAAGCGCACAGCUUUUCCUUUAGGGUUAACUCUCUGCAAGAGCGGGUGGAUCGUUUAUCUGUCAGUGUUACGCAACUUGAUCCCAAAGAAGAAGAGCUGUCCCUGCAAGAUAUCACAAUGAGGAAGGCUUUCCGGAGUUCCACGAUUCAAGACCAGCAGCUCUUUGAUCGCAAGACUUUACCUAUUCCCUUGCAGGAAACAUACGAUGUCUGUGAACAGCCUCCACCUUUAAACAUACUUACUCCUUACAGGGAUGAUGGAAAAGAAGGAUUGAAGUUUUAUACCAAUCCUUCAUAUUUCUUUGAUCUAUGGAAAGAAAAAAUGUUGCAAGACACAGAGGACAAAAGGAAGGAGAAGCGAAAGCAGAAGCAGAAGAAUCUGGAUCGUCCUCAUGAACCAGAGAAAGUGCCCAGGGCGCCUCAUGACAGGCGGAGAGAGUGGCAGAAGUUGGCCCAGGGUCCGGAACUGGCCGAAGAUGACGCCGAUGCUAAUCUCUUACACAAGCACAUUGAAAUUGCUAAUGGCCCGGCUGCUCAUUUUGAAACAAGGCCUCAGGCGUAUGUGGAUCAUAUGGACGGAUCCUAUUCCCUGGCUGCGCUUCCUUUCAGUCAGAUGAGCGAACUCCUGAACCGAGCUGAGGAGCGGGUGCUGGUCCGACCCCACGAGCCACCGCCUCCCCCUCCUCCGAUGCACGGGGCCGGGGAGCCCAAGCCAGCCCCUCCCUCUAUCAGCGCAACGACGAGCCUGAUAGAAAGCCGUCCUCAGUCUCCGGCCACGGGCAGGCCGCCGGUGUUCGUGAGCCCCACGCCGCCCCCGCCCCCGCCCCCGCUUCCGUCUGCCCUGUCGACGUCCUCGCUGCGAUCUUCCAUGACCUCGACUCCCCCGCCGCCCGUCCCGCCCCCGCCCCCGCCCGCCGCCCUGCAGGCCCCGGCCGUCCCUCCGCCCCCGGCCCCUCUCCAGAUCGCCCCCGGGGUCCUGCACCCAGCUCCGCCUCCCGUCGCACCCCCUCUGAUCCAGCCCUCCCCGCCCGUCGCUAGAGCCGCCCAAGUGGGCGAGACUGUCCCGGUUCAUCCGCUUCCCCAGGGGGAGGUUCCGGGGCUCCCCCCGCCUCCACCGCCUCCUCCUCUCCCCCCUCCCGGCAUCCGGCCGUCGUCCCCCGUCACCGUCGCGGCCCUCUCCCAUCCCCCCGCUGCCCUCCACCCUCCUCCGUCCACCGGGCCCGGCGCUCACGCGCCAUUAUUGCCUCCGUCUCCCCCGUCCCAAAUCGUCCCCGCUCCCGAGACCAAGCGCCAUCCGUCGACCCUGCCGGUCAUCAGCGACGCCAGGAGCGUCCUCCUGGAAGCCAUCCGCAAAGGUAUUCAGCUACGGAAAGUCGAGGAGCAGCGGGAACAGGAGGCCAAACACGAGCGUAUCGAAAACGACGUCGCCACCAUCCUGUCUCGCCGCAUCGCCGUGGAAUAUAGCGACUCCGAAGAUGAUUCGGAGUUCGAUGAAGUGGAUUGGCUGGAAUAAAUCGAUUAUCUUGGUAAACACUACAAAACUGAAUGCAGAUGUCUGUUGUGAUGCUUGUUCCUUGAAAACGUUUGGUAACUUCUAGUGUUUCGGAUUUUGUUUUUUUUCCUUUACCCUACCUAAUUGAUCCAUGUUUUUUCUACUGUUCGGUUUACAAGAGAACUACUAGCAUAACCUUGGAAAUUAGAUGUUUUACAGUGGCUUUUCUUAUACAGUUUUGGGGGAAAUAACCUAAUUCGUUCUCAUAGACCACUAAGUAUUCCGCAUGGGCAACUGCCGGUAGACUAGCGUAUUCGGUUUUUGACAUAUCUGAAUUGUGCACUUUGUGAAUUUUAAGUUAAUGAAGGUAAAGAACGGAUUGAAAUUCCAAGGGCAGCUGUGUGUAUUAAUGAGACUUAUUUCAUUUUCCAUCCUGCCUAACCACCGUAAAACGUAGCCCUCGAGAUACCGCCGUCUCGACGACGGGAGAACCUUCAAUGCGUCCGGUUGUAGCUCGCGAGAUACCGCUGUCUCGGUGACGGGAGAACAUUAAACGCGUUCGGUUGGAGCACUGGAUGAAAUGGGGAAGAGAUGUUCCGCCUUUUUUACUGUGUUGUUUUUAAAUAAUACUUUCCUUUAUUUGACUGUUUAGAGGCUCCCUCCCCUCCCCCAAGUACAUAUUGUGUGGUACCAUUUUGCCUGCCUUCGAGAAUUAAACAUUUUUUCCCAUGUGAAAUCUCCCGACUUAAACAUGCUGUGUAAUUUAUGUGACUGUUGAGAAUAACAGUUUGAUAAAAAUAAAUGGUUCGUUGGAAAUGUC